CCAGUGUGCGGGUGGUUUCUUGGAGGCAUCAUGGACCCCCGUGCCCAGGAUGUGGUGCGGUGUGACGUGUGUGACAACAACACAGCGGAGAUGCACUGCGACACCUGCUUUGUCAACCUGUGUAAGGCCUGUGUGGGGGAACACAUGUUUGAUGAAUCUGUAGACCACAAAAUCGUCAAGUUUAAGUCCAGGAAAACCACCCCUAUCUACCCUCCCUGUCUACACCAUAGCAAAGAGCGAUGUGAGAUGUAUUGUACGCACUGCGAUACUCCAAUAUGUUCUGCAUGCGUUGCGUCUGACAAACACACCGGUCACAAGAUAUCUCAACUUCUUGAAAAAUGUGACAUCAUUAAAAAAAAUAUACAAAAGGAUAAUGAAGAAUUGCGAUCAAAACUUGCUCCAUUGUACCAAAAAAUGUUACAUGAUUUAGAAAUAAGAAUCAGAGAGGUUGAAGAAAAGUCUGAAGAAGCUAGCAAGUUAAUAAACCAACAGGGCGAUAAAUGGCACAAAGAGAUAGACACUAUUGUCAGUCAACUCAAAACUCAGCUUGAAAAAAUAAAAGAGAGAGGAGUGAAAAAUUUGAAAGUCAACAAAGUGAAAAUGGAAAUAAAUUUGUCAAAAAUUAGUUCGGUCUUACAAUCAAAUGAAGAAACGCUAGAAUCAAAUGAUCUGAGAACAGCAAUCGAAUACAAAAGUCAAAAUGCCAGACUCAAUAAAGGUCUGGAGAUUGUUGAUGUUUCGUUGCCUAAUUUUACGCCCAUGGAAAUCAAUCAACAGAGUAUCCGUGAGCAGUUUGGUGCUCUGUCGACUGACGUUUCGGAGGAUCAUAGCCUUACCUCGACACAUCAGCUACUGAUGGAUAAACCUGUCGAGGUGUCAUCUGUAUAUACAGGGAUUGACUAUCUUCAAAACAUUGCAUGUUUAAAAAGUGAUCACAUAUGGGCAGCCCAUGGUGCUGCAUCACUCUUCAACUUCAACAAGAAAGAAAAGAUCAAAUCAUUAAGAUUUGAUAGAGGUCUAUUUGAACGCGUUUACGAUAUUGCUGUGCUUCAAAAUGGAGAAUUAGUUUAUAUCCUUUCUCGAACAAACGCUGUGUACAUUGUACGGAACGAGAAAGCAGAGAUGCUGAUAAUGCUACACGAUUGGUUUCCACGUGGAAUUUGUGUCUCCUUCUUUGGAGACCUGCUAAUCACCAUGACACAUGAAUGUCAAUCCAAAGUUGUUCGGUAUUCUGGAACUGUGGAGAAACAGGUCAUUCAGGUUGAUGAUACUACUAGGUGUGAUUAUUUGUAUAUCACUGAAAAUAGGAAUAGGGACAUAUGUAUUUCAAGAGAAGACAUCGUGGAUGUUUUCACGGAAACUGGUGAGCGAAGAUUUGAAUACAUUGGUCAUCGUCCUCCUCCGAAAUGGAACCAGGCAUUCUCUCCAAAGGGAAUCGCCACAGACAGUUACUGUCAUAUCCUUAUUGCUGAUAUCAAUAACAAGUGUGUUCAUGUUAUUGACCAGGAUGGGAAAUUUCUACAAUACAUUGACUGUGGAAUGAGGAGACCUUGGGGACUGUGCAUAGACUCUCGUGAUUUUUUGUACCUGGCCGACAAUAAGAAGAAGAGUAUGCAAAUAGCGAAAGUCAAGUUUCUCAACCUGUGAUUUACUUCUAAAGGAACAAACGUUACAAAAAGUAUCUAUAAAAACAUUCAAAAAGUGA